AUGUCCCCGAGCUCGAAGCAAAACAUCUUCAUUUACGCUGAUUUCGACCAUGAAGCAGUGUGUCGUCGGGCGAGCACACUACGCCAGGGUAUUCCAUGUACAUGUGAUCUCAGUCAACGUCCUGCCUCAGGAAGCUUCAACUGGGCUAUCUUCAUCCUUUUCGAGGAUGGCGUACAAUGGGUCUUUAGAUCACCACACCAGAGGACAUCUAUGCCUCUUGAUCUUGGAGUGAAGCUACUAGCAAGUGAAGCUGCUACGCUCCGAUACCUCAAAGCCCAUAGCGAUAUUCCGGUCCCAGAAGUAUAUGACUAUUGCGCAUCGUCAGAUAAUGAAACCAAAGUUCCGUUCAUGCUCAUGAGCCAAGCACCUGGAUGGCCCCUGUCAAAGGUUUGGGUAACAGCUGGCUCUCCCCUACCUGACCUAGAUCCUUCGAGAAAGGCCAGGGUCUUAACCCAGUUAGGCGGUACCACCUGGAAGCUUUCGCAGUUGCGGCUUGAUAGGAUAGGCUCACUUUUUGAAGAAGACGGAGCCUUCAAAAUCAAGGGAUGCCUAUGGCGCUGUUAUAUGUUACAUGAGCGAUUCUUGAUAGAAGGCCAGCGUGGCCCUUUUGCUACCGAUGCAGAGUUCUACGACAGUCUUGUUUCCACAUUCCUAGAACAAGCAGAGUGUCUGCGCUUAUCACACCAUUGCUUUGUGGCUCCAGUUCCUUCGAGAGAAGACUAUGAUUCCGACAAGCAACAUCGACAAGCUGUAGAUCUGUGGAAUGACUUCGUCACUGUCGGAGGCAAGAUUGAUUCCGCAGAUAACAGGCUGGAUUACAUCGUUGCAGGAAAUGCUCUCCGCGAUAUUGUACACAAGCUUGAACACCCAACUGUUCAUCAGGGGACUUUUCCGCUAUGUCACGCUGACCUCAGUGUCAAUAACAUCUAUGUUGACGACGACUACAACAUUACUUGUAUCAUCGACUGGGCCUUUACAUCUUCUGUUCCGGACUCCAUGCUGUUAGUCCCUCCCGGACUGCCACAAUAUGGCGACAAGAUAAGCCCAGAGUUACAUGCGGCCUUCGUCGAUGGCUUCCUGGCAGCUAUUCCCGGAUCAGCCGAAACGAGUAUGGUGCGCAGGUACCGCGAAACGCUUGAACAAGGCCAUUUCUACUGGAACCUGAGUCGACUACUCGGACUAGACUCCAUCGGUGAUUACAACCUCUUUGCUACCGUUUGGCAAUCUACCUCUGGCCCUGCAAAAGGCAUUGGGGAGUACUUCUUACAACAACGUCGCUUGCCUCGCUACCUCCAGCUUUAUGAUGAGGUUCAACAGGAGGACCGACCCCUGUGGAAAGUUGAAGGGGAUGAGAAAGACUAUUUCCGGAACAACGUGUUCAAGCACACAAUAGCCAAGAAAAUGACGCUCAUGUCCGAGUGGAAAGCAGAGUAUGCAGCUGAGCCUCCGCGGAGGAUUCGACAAGAUAUGUUUGUCGCCUCUCCAAAUCUGUGGAAGUGGGUUUUGCAAUUCAUGGAGGACUGGGAGGAGAAGCUUCGAUGA